AUGGACGCCGCCUUGCAAAGCUGCACUUCCUCUGCCGCCGUUGGCACGCGGAUAAAUGGUGUGUGCAACGGCCCUGUCCCCACCAGAGGGCUGGUGGGCCUUUUGUCCAACACACUGGCCGGGACUGCGUGGGUGGACGAGUACCGCGGCGUGAACGCGACUGUGAAAGGUGGGGCGGCGACAAGCGAGAAGGGAGGUGUGACUUUCAGUGGCGCCGGAGCGGGGGCGGAGUGGCCUGUGGGAAGCAGGGGGCAGAACCAGCCGUACUACUUUGCAAACAACGGAUUCACGCUUGUGGCGUCGGUGAUGAUCCACACGGUGCCGGAGGAGGACACGCCGUUGCUGGGCGUGAGCAUGAAUGACACGGCCGGCACCGUGCUCCUGGGCGUGACGUACACGCAGGACAAGAAGUGGAAAGUGACGGUCGGCGGUAAGAGCCGGAGUUUGUCAACUGGUGAUGUGACGUGGGAACCAGGCACAGCCUACCAAGUGAUCUUGCAGAUGGAUACUGGCGAUGAGUUGUCUGUGUACGUCGACGGAGACGAGAUAUACAACGGCGAAGACGCCGCAGAGGCGGUGGAGAAACUCUUCACUCCGCACAGGAUCUCGCACUUUUACGUUGGCGACGGCAGUGCGGCCGCGGGCACGAAGACCAGCCACCACGUGACGGUGGCCAGCGCCCUGUUGUACAACGAAGCACUCACUGGUGACGAGAUCCGAAAGCUCGCAGGGAGCAAAGUGGCUCUUGGAGGACCAUCUGCCGGGAAAGAAAGCCGCGAGCUGCAGGCGGCUCCUCCGGUGCCCACCUCUGAGGGCGGGGAGCCUGUUCCCGAAGCGAAGCUUGAAGACGGCCGCGGUGAGCAGCAAACGGAGGACGGCGAGCGCACGGAAGGUCCGCAGGAAAAAGAGGACGGUGCUGCUGAUGAGGUAUCGGUGCGUGAGGAGCAUUUGCCGGCGGUGUUGGGGAGUGGCGGUGCAAAUGCCUCUCCUCAGCAGCCGGUAAAUGCACCGCCGCAUGCAACCGGGACCCCGAAAGUUGAGGACGAACAGUCGCAAGAAGCGGAAGCGGGAUCUGCUGGGGGCCCGGCACCGCGGGAGGAAGACGCAGGAGUGCCGGACCCGGGAGCUGCGCCGCCGAGCAGCGACGUGGAGGUCGCUUCAGAGCCCACUGGGGACUCCCUCCACAGCCAGUCGGAGGAACAACACCAACAAGAGGAAAAAGAAGCGGCUACUCAGUUAUCGCAGGGAACAGACCGAGAAGCAGGCGAGGCGUCAACACCUUCUAACCCCACGCCCAACUCCGGCGCAGAGGAAGAAGAAAAGGCGGAGGGUGAAAAAGAAAAGAAGGAGCUGGAGGAAGUGACCGAAGACAGUGACGGUGCAUUGGCGUCCCCACCGUUGUCAGCGCCGGCUGCGGCUGGUGCUCCUCGCCCAGGCGCAACUGAGCAGGCCGUCGGUGCGCAGACUUCUGAGCGGCAACGAGAGCCUUCGCCCCCCGCAGACGGUGCGGCCACGGCGGGACAGGUGGGUGACGGCCAGGCGCAGCAGGGCGCUCCGUCGCACGCGCCAGAGACCGAUGGCGGCGUGCCGUCUGCUUCCGCCGCGCCCACCGGCGA